CUGAUCACCUGACACACCAAGCCUGGUCUUCCUGCUUUGGUCAGGCAAGCGACAUUUCAAGAGGAAUGGACAACAUUUAUUCAUAAUAAAGCGCAAAAACAUGCUAUCAUACAUUGGGCUGUAGCGAUACACGGAGGAAAGGUGUGUUAUUGGGACUGGAUUGAGUAUUGCCAUACAGUGUUUUCAACACUAGUCGCAGACAAGGAGCCUGCGAGGUGAGCUAGCCGUUAAUUUAGCAAGUCAUCUUUUCUGGACAUUCCUUUCUUCGUCCCCAUGAAUUAGUUUAUUUCUGCUUGUAGGGUAUGCUGAUAUGGCUUCGAUUUUAGAUGAAUAUGAAGAUUCGCAAAAUACACGUCUUCCUGCUCAUCACAACAGCCGUUUGGGAACAACCAACAUUGGGAUUACUCACUCUGGAUUUGUGAAUGUAAGGUUGGAGGAAGAAAAGCCUAUAUUCAACAAACAGCGUAUUGACUUUUCGCCUCCGGAAAAGAUAAACCAUUUUGCAGUAUGCAACAAUCAGCUUUGCAUGAGUUUGGGGAAGGACACCAUUCUCAGAAUUGAUUUAGGAAAACCAGAUCAACCCAAUCAAGUUGAGUUGGGCCGAAAGGAUGAUGGCAAAGUGCACAAACUCUUCCUUGAUCCAACAGGUUCUCACCUGGUGAUAUGCCUCACGUCAAGCGAAUGUGUUUACCUGAAUAGAAACACGCAAAAGAUCCGCAGCCUCUCCCGGUGGAGGGGUCACCUGAUUGAGAGCGUGGGCUGGAACAAGGUCCUCGGGACGGAGGUCACCACCGGGCCCAUCCUCGUGGGCACUGGCCAUGGCAUCAUCUUCGAAGCAGAGAUCUCGGCCUCCGAGGGCAGCCUGUUCAACACCAACCCCGACCAGUACUUCAGGCAGGUCCACUCCCUGGAGGAGGACGGCAAACCGGCGCCGGUCUGCUGUCUGGAGGUGGAACGGGGCAUCGAGUCAAAGUACUUCAUCAUCGCCACCACCCGCAAGCGCCUCUUUCAGUUCGUGGGGAGGCUAGCCGAGGGCACCGAGCAGCAGGGGUUCAGCUCCAUCUUCACCCAGAACCAGGACCUUCUCCCCAGCUUUCAGGAGUUUCCCGUCGACAUGGGCUACAGCGAGAUCACCUUCUACACGUCGAAGCUGAGAACGUGCCCCAAGGCCUUCGCAUGGAUGAUGGGCAACGGCGUGCUGUACGGUCAGCUGGACUACGUCCGGCCAGACUCGCUCCUCAGCGACGUCCAGGUGUGGGAGUACUCGCCGGACAUCGACUUCAACUUCAACAAGCCCAUGUCCAUCGUGCUCACCCAGUUUCACUUCCUGCUCCUCCUGCCAGACCGAGUGAAGGCCAUUUGCACCCUGAACGGCCAGGUGGUGCACGAGGACGUCUUCCCCGAGAAAUUCGGCACCUUGAAGAAGAUGAUCAAAGACCCCGCUGGUGGGCUGGUGUGGAUCUACACGGAGAGGGCCGUCUUUCGCUACCACAUUCAGAGGGAGGCCAGAGACGUGUGGCAGAUGUACAUGAACAUGAGCAAGUUUGACUUGGCCAAGGAGUACUGCAGGGACCGUCCAGAAUGCAUGGACAUGGUACUGGCUAGAGAGGCGGAGCACUGCUUCCAGAACAAACGUUACCUGGAGAGUGCUAAAUGUUACGCUCUGACCCAGAACUACUUUGAAGAAAUUGCACUCAAGUUCAUCGAGGCAAAGCAAGAAGAAGCCUUGAAGGAGUUCCUGUUGAAGAAGCUCAACAACCUCAAGCCAAAUGAGAAGACCCAGAUCACUCUGCUAGUCACCUGGCUCACAGAGCUUUAUCUCAAUCGGCUUGGCCUUCUAGAGUCCGAGGACGCCAAAACCAGUCUCCUCCAACAGACCCGCGACGAGUUUAGGCGUUUUCUCAGCAGUAGCAAACACAAAGAAUGUUUCUACAACAACCGAGACACUAUCUACGACCUUUUAGCCAGCCACGGCAAUGUAGAGGACAUGGUGUACUUCUCUGUCAUCAUGCAGGACUACGAGAGGGUCAUUUCACAUCACUGCCAGCACGACGACUACAGUGCGGCCUUGGAAGUCCUGUCAAAGCAUUGCGACGAGAAGCUGUUCUACAAAUUCUCUCCCGUCCUAAUGCAGCACAUUCCUAAGAAGGUCGUGGAUGCUUGGAUUCAAAUGGGCAACAGGCUCGAUCCCAAGAAACUUAUUCCGGCUCUCGUGAACUACAGUCAAAUGGGAAGCACGCAGCAGAUCAACGAGACCAUUCGCUACAUGGAAUUCUGCGUGUAUCAGCUUGAAGUGAAGGAAGAGGCCAUCCACAAUUACUUGCUGUCACUGUACGCAAAAUACAAGCCAGACUCUCUCCUCUUGUACCUGGAACAAGCUGGCACACAAGUUUCAGAGAUUAACUAUGACUUGAAAUAUGCACUACGAUUGUGUGCUGAGCAUGGAUACCUUCAAGCAUGUGUCCUGGUCUAUAAGAUUAUGGAGUUGUAUGAAGAGGCUGUGGAUUUAGCACUGCAGGUGGAUGUAGACCUGGCCAAGUCCUGCGCGGACCUACCGGAGGACGACGAGGAGCUGCGCAAGAAGCUGUGGCUGAAGAUCGCCCGGCACGUGGUGCAGGAGGAGAAGGACGUGAAGAAGGCCAUGAACUGCCUGUCCAGCUGCAACCUGCUGAAGAUCGAGGACAUCCUCCCCUUCUUCCCUGACUUUGUGACCAUCGACCACUUCAAGGAGGCCAUCUGCAGCUCGCUGGAGGAGUACAACCAGCACAUCGAGGAGCUCAAGUCGGAGAUGGAGGAGGCCACGGAGAGCGCCAAGCGCAUCCGCGAGGACAUCAUGGACAUGCGGAACAAGUACGGCGUGGUGGAGUCCCAGGAGAAGUGCGCCACCUGCGACUUCCCCCUGCUCAACCGGCCCUUCUACCUCUUCCUGUGCGGCCACAUGUUCCACUACGACUGCCUGCUGCAGGAGGUCGGCACGCACCUCUACGCGCACGAGCACACCAAGCUGGAGGAGCUGCAGAAGAAGCUGGCCAGCGUGAGCGUCACCGCCAAGCCGCGGCACCGGCAGAAGGAGGAGGACUCGGUCAGUUUGGGAAUGAACCAUGUGAGCCGCGAACAGAUCAAGUCCGACAUCGACGAUGUCAUUGCGUCCGAGUGUGUGUACUGUGGCGAGCGGAUGAUCAAGUCUAUCGAUAAGCCUUUCAUUGACCCUGAGAAGUUUGAAGAAGAGAGGUUGACCUGGUUAUGAGAAUGUGCAUGCUCUUCAGAUCUGACAUAUGUAUAUAUAACGUACAUGAUAACUUGUGACUCAUAAUUUGCAUUACUCAUCAGUAACUUCCUUAGAAUCCUUUUAAGUCAUAUAGCUGCAGUUUGCUGAUAGCUAUAGUUAUUUUCAUGUUUAUUCUUUUUAAUGUGUUCUUUCACCACCAACACCACCCACUACUACCCUCAGUUAAUUGAUCCUGCAUAAGUGAUUAUUCGCUUUUAUGUGGUUGUAACAGUAAAGUGACUUAUGCCAGCCUGUGCUCUUGCAACUGAAAUGCCUUUCUUGUGGUUAUUGGAUAACAGCAGUUGUAAAAAUAUGUACAAUAAUGCAUAGCGGUUACACACAAAAAUAAUGGUGAAUCUGCUCUAAAUAAGAUCACAUUUGUUUACUUCUUUGACUUCUGAUGUAAGAAACGGCUUAUAGAAAAGAAUUUGUUACAGUCCCAAACUUUUUCUACCAUGGGCUAGCUUUUAGGCCUGAAGUAUUUCUGACCCUGUGUAAUGCCAAAGGUCUUUUAAUUUGGUCAUUUUAAUUCUUUCUAGAUCACUAUAAUUUAUAAUAUAUUAUUUAUAAUAAUCAGUACUUACCGUUUUAAUUUCCUCUAUUGUGCUUUUUUGUUCAUAAGAUUAUUUAUACAUUUUGGGUAUAGCACAUAUCCUCGCGAGAUUUGAGUGUUCCUCUCUUUCCUACAGUUACGCGAUUCCGUUUCAGACUGUACUAGUUGAUGCCUGACAUUGAAUAAGAUUGUUGAUUUCAUUGUCAGUUACAAAAAUGUAUGGCAAUUACAGCAUGAUAAUUAAACAGAUGCUCCUAUGCAUCAUUAUUA